GGGAGCGGUGGCCCCGCUGGGCGCGGAGGAGCCAUGGGUUCAGCGGCGGAGCUGCUGCUGCUGCCGACACCGACACCGCCGCUCGGGGAGUGCGAGCGGGGAGCGCUGGCAGCGCCCGCCCGGCACCGGAGGCGCCAGGAGGAGCAGGUCCAACAAGGACAAAGAAAUCACACUGCAGAACCUGUAAUAGAUGACUAUAAAAAAAUGGGGACUCUAUUUGGCGAACUAAACAAAAGCCUCAUCAGAAUAGGCUUCACAAGGAUGUACUUUGGAGAACGGAUAGUAGAGCCUGUAAUAAUUAUAUUCUUCUGGGUCAUGCUCUGGUUUCUUGGCCUACAAGCUCUUGGACUGGUUGCUGUUCUGUGCCUUGUCAUUAUUUAUGUACAACAGUGAAAUCUUAUGUACACUGUUCACAUAAGGUAUUUCAACACUGUCACUGUGUCAGUGGAUUUAUGACUUUAAGUGAAAGGGUGGCAUAUCAAAAGCUGCAAUUCUUUCAAUUGCAUUUUGUUGAAGUUUCAAUGUUUGGGACAAGGAGGACUAAAAUGAUGCAUUUUAAGCAGUCAGCAGUGCCCUACUGUUUCUUUGAAGGGCAAAAAAUUACAUGUUUGUAAAAUAAUGGUGUCCAGCAUACUGUUUUCUGCAUUCUUGGGGCCUUAGUCCAAGGACUGGCUUUUUGUCAUUGCCCUCUCCCCCCUGCAAUGUUCUUGCUUAGUAUAUGGAAAAUUUCCUGCCUGGUUUUACAAGGACACUCGAUGUAAGUGUCCUGUUUCAGUGUUGUGAGGGGCUCAUGUGCUGUUUGUUCCCUGAGUCUGCCUAACCGGCUCGUUUUUUGCUGAAAAGGUAAAUCUGCACGAGGGAGGUUUGCUAGCAAACAGACCUGCAAUGACAAAUGGUCAUAAGGUGAAUGCAACUUCCUGACACAAAAGCAUCUUUGGUUAGUAUAGUUUAUAACAAGCUUGCCCUUCGGAAACAAGCUAUGCCAGCAAAAUUCUUUUAUACUAAUAUUAGUAGCUUCCCACAAGGCUUCAGCUGUUGUUCAGGAGUAAUCACAGUCCUGUGUUGGCCACAUGGUCUAAUGUAGCUCUGCCAUGUGUUUGGAAAUGUACUCUGCUCCUGCUGCUAUUUUUCUUUCUCUUUUUUAAUACUUGCUCUUUCCCCCAGCCCUCCUGCUGAAGGUAAAUAUCUGGAUAAUUCAUGGACUUUGUAGGUAGUUACAGCUGCAGUGUUGGAGAGCCGCCAUUCCAGUUGGCAAUACUAGAUGGAAUAUUGUCUGCUUCCUCUGGGUCGCAUGUGAAGUGUCUUGAGCAUCCAGAUAGAUAUCAGACCAGAUCUCUUAAAACUUCCCUGAUUUGCUGCAAUGUGGACCAAACACGAGCUGGAAGCCUUUUGUACAUAAACAGAUCUGUUUCCUCAUGCAAUGCAAGAAUGUAGUUGAAAUUGGGUGGUCAUUUUAUGAUGAUUCAUUUUCACACUAGACAACAAAAAGGCAUAUCUGCAGUUGCAUGUCACAGGUAACAGAAAUGGGAGAAUCGGAUAUACACAUUCAAGAGUAGGUGCAAAAUGUACUCUGGCUCCUAGGGAGCCAGUGCGAAUACUCAGUACACCAGGGGUGUACUGGGUAUUUCCAAGUUGAAUGUGCUCAUUUAAAGAAAACAGUAAAAUGAGACACUCUUUACUGAAGAGGCUACAAAUUUAAUAACUUUUAGUAAGAAACCUAAUUGCAAAAUAGAAUUCUUCUGUGGUAGAGCAAAAUUAUAAAUUUAUACGACAUAAUAGAUAUGAAAUGUACAGAAAACUACUUAACUUUUUGCAGUGACUUUUUUCCUAAACAUUUUUAUACUAGCAGGGAUCAACAAUAGAUUAGUUGAAAAUGCUUCUUAUCCAGAGGCUUUUGAAGUUAAGGAGAGCUUCUCUAUGGUCCCAGUCCUGCAACUGGAUUCUCAAGGCUGUUUUGUGCCUACAUGGAUCAUGUUGGUUGCUGAGCUCUGUUUCCAAGACCUUUGGCACCAGUCCUCAUGGACUUUCCUAUUAGUGAAAUAAGUGUGAUUUAGGGCAGUGAACAUGAACUUUAAACUCUGUCUGUACCUAAAUACUAUCUGUAGAUAGCCUUUGUAAGGAAUGAAUUACGUACAUUUUGAGGAGCUUGGUCUCCUCUCCAGGUCUUCACAUGAGGCCCAGCUGUGUGUUCAGAUGGCAACCUGCAUUCAUUGGUCCCUACUUAGGUAGUUAUGCUGGUGGCAGAGAAAUGUUUGACAACAGAAGAUGUUCUGGAUACAGGGCUUUGUUACUCUCAGCUGGAAGUCCCAAAGCAAACUGCAAAUACAGGCUGAACUCAGAGGCAGGAGCUCUGUACUCACAAGUGCCUAGGGAUAAACUUUGGUUUUGUUUCAAGUCCCUUAGAAAGCAGAGCAUCUGUUUACACCUUUGUAUAUUUGUAUAGCUACAGCAGUGGAUUUAUAUGUGUUCUUCCCCUAGACCCUUUUGUGUAAAGGCUGUACUACAAAAGCAUCUUGUCAUUUAAAAAAAAAAAAGAAAAUCCUUCUUUUCUCUCCACAAUCAAGUUAUUGUGCAGAGGAUCUCAUCCAGUUUAUCUCAUCCUGUAGGAAAAAGUCUCUGUUAUAUCCUUGUUCUGAUAGUACUCUUGUGUAAAGCUGCUGUGCUGUGAGAUGGCAUGUAGCAUUUCCUUGAAGUUGUGAUUUUGCUGUGUACAUAAUGAAUGGGAAACAGUGACCCCAGGGUGUGACUGACAGGUUCAGUGAGGACAUUGCUUAUAUGCAUGUAACCUUUUAGUAUGUGCAUAACUAUGACUGUUUCACUCAUGAAAUCAUUUCAGUUGUUCUCCCUGUGUUUAUGUUUGUGUACAUGUACUCUAGGGAAAGGUACCUUUUGGACUGAGACUGUGUACAAGUGAAUGUUUAUAUGGUUUUUCUUAAGGGUAAAUUACUUCAUGUUGUCCUUCUACGAAGUUUUUAACUUUUAAAAAUGUGAAAAAAUAGCGCUAAUAGUUAGGUUGACUGAAAAUGAAAUAAUGUAUUGCAUGGAAGAUACCCCUUGCCCGUUUGGUUUCAUACAUUCCAUUGUAUAGAAGAACUUGCACAGAAUCAUCGGUUGUAAUUUUGUGCUAUUGCUGUACUAUUUCCCUGUCAUUUGCAGGAAAGGAAAAAAAAGGGGACUGGGAUAGAAUCAGACAUAAAGAGUGAAAAAUUUAAUGUGGUGAAAUGAUGCAUAUAUGUGUCAGAAAAAAUAUGAUCAUAAACAUUUGCCAAAAUUGAGGUUGGAAUGGGUGACCAGUCCUCGCAUUGUGUUCUUCCUUUCAUCCAGAUGUAGCUUCAAGGCAGAGGAAGCACCAACCUUUCAAAGGCUAUCCCUAGCAAAAAUACCAGGAAGAUAAUGGAAAAAAAAAAGAAAAAAGACAACUUCACUGCUGUCUGUAUAGUGAAAAGUGAUAAUGUUAUAUAUAUUGGUAUAGAUGAUGAUUAUUCUUGAUAGAACCGAAAGCACCUUUAUGCAUCUGUGUGUAGAGCUGUAUGAAGGAACUAUGUCCCUUAAAUCUGUGUUAAACAACAAAUGAUGUCAUUCCAGUUGGUCCGUGUAACAUAUUGAAAGCUUUUUACAUAACCUGUAUUUUAAAGGACGGGCUCUUCAGUACUGUUUCGCAGCCACCAAAUGCAUAUGUGUUUGAACUACUGUGUACAGAGAAGAAGCUCUGCAUGUAGGAGAAUCUUGGAGAACCUAUUUGCACUGAAAAAAUCAUCACAUCGAACCUGUCCAUAUUAAAAGGAAAACCCCUAUUUCUUAAAAAGUCUGUAUAAAAUGAAUCCUGUGGAAAGCACUUUGUUACUCUUUCUAAUAAAAACGUUGCCAUCAAUGAGAA